AGGAGAGCCCGCCGCCGCCGCCGCCGCCCGCCCGCCAUGAGAGCACCGGAUAGUCAAGCUCAGGAUGAAGACGAUCCCGUCGCCAUCUGCCACCACCUCCUCUCCUCCCUCUCCUCUGAAAUCCCUCGCGCCCUUCACUUCAAGCCCAAGUGGUCCCUCCUCCUCUCCCACCUCUCCCUCCUCUCUUCCCUCCUCCCCGACCUCUCCCCACACCACCCUCUCUCCCUCGACCUCCUCCACUCCAUCUCCCACUCCCUCCACCACGCCCUCUCCCUCGCCCUCACCUGCCAGCUCCCUUCCCUCCCCGACGGCAAGCUCCACACCCAGAGCCACCUCGACUCCUCCCUCUCCCUCCUCCUCCGCCACCUCCACGACUGCCACGUCCUCCUCAACAGCGGCCUCCACCCUCCCCCCUCCUCCUCCUCCUCCUCCUCCAACCUCUCCAAGCGCGAGUCCGUCCGCCUCCAGUCCCGCCACCUCCUCACCCGCCUCCAGAUUGGCGCCCCCGACUCCAAGGCCUCCGCCCUCGACUCCCUCUUGCCCCUCCUCUCUGAGGACGACAAGAACGUCGUCGUCGCCGUCGCUCAGGGCCUCGUCCCCGUCCUCCUCAAGCUCCUCGAUUCCGGCUCUCUCGAGGUCAAAGAGAAGGCCGUCGCCGCCCUCUCCCGGGUUUCCACCGUCGACAGCAGCAAGCCCGUCUUGAUUGCCGAGGGCCUCUUGCUCUUGAACCACCUGCUUCGCGUGCUCGAGUCCGGCAGUGGGUUCGCCAAGGAGAAGGCCUGUGUUGCCCUCCGGGCUCUCAGCUAUUCCAAGGAGAAUGCCAGGACCAUUGGGACCAGGGGCGGCGUCUCCUCGCUCUUGGAAAUCUGCGUGGCCGGCACCCCGAGCUCACAGGCUUCCGCCGCUGGGGUUCUGCGAAAUCUGGCCACUUUCCCAGAAACCAAGGAGAAUUUCAUGGAGGAGAACGCGGUGGUGGCGCUCCUCGGACUUGCGUCCUCAGGGACUGCUCUGGCCCAGGAAAACGCGAUCGGGUGUCUCUGCAAUUUGAUAGCCGGGGACUACGAUUUGAAGCUCACGGUCGUCAGAGAGAAGGGGAUCGAGUGCUUGAAGAACUACUGGGAUUCAGCUCCGAGCGAUCGGAGCCUUGAAGUGGCGGUCGAGUUGCUGAGCCAACUCGCAUCUUGCCAGCCGAUUGGGGAAGCUCUGGUUUCGGAGGGGUUCAUCGCCAGAUUGCCGACUGUUUUGGAGUGCGGAAUGCUGGGGGUGCGGAUUGCUGCGGCGAGAGCUGCUUGUGAACUGGGUUUCAGUCCCAAGACCAAGAAAGAAAUCGGGGAAUGUGGGUGCAUCGCCGCAUUGAUCGAGAUGUUAGAUGGUAAGGGGGCCGAAGAGAAAGAGGCGGCCGCCAAGGCAUUGUCCAGUCUCUUGCUCUACGCCGGGAACAGGAAGAUGUUCCGCAAGGACGCGAAAGGGGUGGCGAGCACGGUCCUGCUCUUGGACCCGUCGAUCCAGAAUCUGGACAAGAGAUACCCAGUGUCGAUAUUGACGUCGCUAGUGCAUUCGAACAAGUGUAGGAAGCAGAUGGCGAGCGGGGGCGCGCGUGCUUAUCUGCAGAAGCUGGUGGAGAUGGAAGUGGAAGGUGCCAAGAAGCUGUACGAUAGCAUCGGCCGUGGCAAGAUAUGGGAUGUGUUCGCCAGCGCCAGACCAUAGUUUGAGAGAUUUGUUGGAGCCGAAGCUGAACUUUGGCGACUGUAGAGGAAAAGAUUGAUUUGUCCAUUUCCUGUACCGUGUACGUACGCUACGCUAGCCCUUCUUUUUGACUUUUUGCCUUUUUCACUAUUUACUUGUGCUUGUUUUGUUUUGUUCGGUUCGUUCGUUGGUUGGUUCAAAGUCAGUCCUUCCACGUUAAUAAAUCUGUUACCUUUUUGCCUAAAGGAAAUAGUACAGAAUCUGAGAAUCUCAGUGGGUGAGCUAACUGGGUGGGUUGACGUUUAUUUGAUUUUGCAAAGGAAGCCCCAAUAAGGGAAGGUUGCUUUCUUCUGUCGGAGCUCAACAGUGGCAUUUCCAUUUCUCCUUUUGCUUUGAAGUCGACCUCAAAACCCCAAAAGCGAUUGUCAAUGAUUGUGCAAUCGACGGAGCUUCAUUUCUUUU